GUGAUCAAAUGAAAUGAUUUGAAAGCUCCGCGCAAUCAAGGUAUCUCCUUCAGUGACAUUCCAGUGUCUCCAAUCUUUUCAGAGUGUUAUUUUGUAACCUUCGAAUAAUUCUCAGAGAGAAUUGAGAAUACUUUCUUCUUGUCCUCCCAUCCGAUUGUCCCGGCUUGCCCACCUUUUUUCUUUAAGCUGGUCCAGCGCACCCCCCACCCCUGCCAUUUCUUCUUGUAGGUUCCCGUCUCGAGUUCCUUCUCGAAUCAGCCGAGCGCAUAAAUGGAAUGACCGGUCAUCUCUCUGGCCCUACUCAAACAUCGAUCGAGUGAGUUCUGAUGAUUAUGAUUUGUAGGGUGGCAUGGGUAGGUAAUUGUAGGUCUGCGGCAACUGUAACUACAGUAGGGCAUUCAAGUGCAGCAGUUUGUUAGUUACUUUUUCUGUGGCGCAUUAAAAAAUAUAAGGCUUUACGCCUGUGAUCUCCUGACUUCGUUCGCGAAGGGUUCGUAGAACGGUACUAUUUUAAGUAACUAUAUUUCGUAUGCUCUAUAAACUAUUGACUCGUCUGAUCAUCCAUUGACUCGUCUUAGCAAUAGCAUUUUGACAGAAAUCGUCUCGUUUCUCACAUUUGUUUUCACCACUUACUCCGGGAAGGAGCAAUUAUUACCAAAAGAAUUACUCCGGUAAGAAGGUGAAUCUAAAGCAUAUUUACUUUAGGUCAGCUAUUCCAUCAGUGCCUUCUCGACUUAAUGCCAUAAUCGUUCAAGUAUUAAUUAAUAAAAGGCGGCUUACGUAUAGAUUUAGCUUUUCCCCUGCUUCUGAGCUGGUCCGUGGGUAAUCAACUGGUUAUAGCUCUUGGAUAAUCCCUGUCCGUUCGCGCUAGCACUUCACUGUUGUUUACCCCACGAACUCAACUGCUUAGACUGAAUUUAAUAUGACAGUCUUAAUCUUGAUCGGGAUCACAAGUGAUUCUUGCUGUUUGGUUCAGGACUGGCCUGUUUGUUAACCCUUGAAACAACCACAAUCCCAAGACAUUCGCAUGGAUCUGAAAAAUGCUCUUGGCCUGGAAAUGAGUUUGAUCUGUAUGCCGUAACCUAGGUUCCUUGAAUCUUGUGUUUUGAAUGCCAAGAUGCAGCUAUGUGGGCGGUUGGCGGUUGUUAUGAUAUUUCGGACAAUUUGGAAUCAUGAUGAUUUUGCUUUUUAAAAUAGAGGAGGAACCAUUUAGAUUUUCAAAAGGAUUCUUUGUACACUAAUGCCUUUGGAAGAUUUAUAAGAUAUCCAUAUGAUAUCAUAGAGGGUGAGUAAGAAUGGCAAGUAGAGCGAAUACUGCGGCACUGCCAAAACAACAAUCAGAUGCAGUAUCCAAAGGUUAUAGCUUUGCUUCCACUUGGGACCAGAAUGCUCCACUUACAGAGCAACAACAAGCAGCAGUUGCAGCUCUUUCUCAUGCAGCUGCAGAUCGACCUCUUCCAAAGAAUUUGGCACAGGAACCCAUUGUUAUGAAGGAUUCAAGUUUGGCCGUAUUGUCUGUGGAUAAACCAUCACAAGCUUCUUGGCCUACAGAAGUAGUCUUGCUCAAUAGUCAUCAGUUCUACAAAUGGUUUACAGACUUGGAGUCUGCCAUGAAAUCAGAGACAGAGGAGAAAUAUCGUCAUUAUGUGAACACAUUGACACAACACUUACUAACAUGUGACCAAAUACUUCAUCAGGUGGACAGCACACUCACUCAAUUUGAUGAUUUGCAAGCCCAGCAUCAAGCAGUUGCUACAAAGACAAAAACCUUGCACGAUGCUUGUGAAAGACUUGUAUUGGAGAAAGAAAAACUCGUUGAAUUUGCUGAGGCACUACGUAGUAAACUUAACUAUUUUGAUGAGUUGGAGACGAUUGCCACACAGUUUUAUUCGCCAAAUAUGAGUGUUGGAAGUGGUCACUUUCUUCCUCUGCUGAAGCGGCUUGAUGAAUGUAUUUCAUAUGUUGCAAACAAUCCACAAUAUGCAGAGUCUGGCAUUUACCUUGUGAAGUUCCGACAACUUCAGUCUCGAGCAUUAGGAAUGGUGCGCUCACAUGUACUAUCAGUGCUAAAGAAUGCUGCUUCUCAAGUACAAGUAGCUAUUAGAGAGAAUGUUAGCAGAAAGAAUGCCAUUUCUGAAGGUGCAGAGACAUCUGUUCUUUAUGUACGCUUCAAAGCAGCAGCCAAUGAGAUGAAGCCUGUCAUGGAAGAGAUUGAGACCAGAUCUUCAAGGAAAGAAUAUGCACAAAUUCUUGCAGACUGUCACACUCUCUACUGUGAACAACGACUUUCAUUGGUAAAGGGCAUUGUACAUCAGCGGAUCACUGAAUAUGCAAAAAAGGAGCCACUAUCCUCAUUAACUAGAUCAGGUUGUGCGUAUCUUAUGCAGGUUUGCCAACUUGAGCAUCAACUUUUCGAUCAUUUUUUCCCUUCAUCUUCUGCAGAGACAUCAAGUCUGGCUCCCUUGAUGGAUCCGUUGUGCACAUUGUUGUAUGAUACAUUACGCCCAAAGUUAAUUCAUGAAGCAGACCUGGAUUUGCUUUGUGAGCUUGUUGACAUUCUUAAAUCAGAAGUUCUAGAAGAGCAACUAGUAAGGCGAGGAGAAUCUGUAGCUGGUUUGAGGCCCACAGUGUUGCGAAUUUUGGCAGAUGUGCAUGAGAGAUUGACAUUUCGUGCCCAAACUCAUGUGCGCGAUGAGAUUGCAAAUUAUCUUCCUUCAGCAGAGGACCUUGAUUACCCUGCAAAGCUUGAGCGUGCUGUUGAAUCGACACCUGAGAAUGAGGUAGCCGAUAACUUAGAUGCUUUUGAAACUUUGUAUGCUCCACUGGAGAAGACUUUAUCAUGUCUUUCUAAACUUUAUCGAUGUCUGGAUCCCACAAUAUUCACAGGACUGGCUCAGGAUUUUGUGGGAGUAUGUUCAAUGUCAAUUCAGCGUGCAAGUAAGGUGAUAGAAAGGAAGGCCUCACAAAUGGAUGGGCAACUUUUCCUUAUAAAACAUUUAUUGAUAUUAAGAGAACAGAUUGCACCAUUUGACAUUGAAUUUGCCGUAACGCACAAGGAGCUUGACUUCUCUCAUUUGCUGGAGCACCUCCGACGUAUUCUUCGAGGGCAGGCUUCAUUAUUCGACUGGAGUAAAUCAACAUCUUUGGCCCGGACAUUCUCACCUCGUGUGCUGGAAAGUCAAGUUGAUGCAAAGAAGGAGGUGGAGAAAAAACUGAAAACAACAUGUGAGGAAUUCAUCAUGUCAGUUACAAAGCUUGCUGUUGAACCCAUGCUUUCUUUUGUUACCAAGGUCACUGCCUUGAAGCUUGCAUUCUCAUCUGCAGGCCGGGAACCGUCUUCAGAAUCUGAUAAUUUUAAGCCCUUAAGAAAUCAGGCAUUUGCAACACCAGAGAAACUGGCAGAGUUAGUGGAAAAGGUUGACAGAGCAAUUGCAGAGGAUUUGCCAGGGGCAGUUUCGAAAAUGAAACUUUACUUGCAAAAUCCUUCUACUCGCUCUAUUUUGUUCAAGCCAAUCAAGACAAAUAUUGUUGAGGCACAUAUACAGGUCUUGUCACUCAUAAAAUCUGAAUAUUCUGCAGAAGAUAUUGUUAAGACUGGCAUGCGAUCAAUAUCUGAUCUACAGGCUUACCUUGAUACGCUUGCAUAACACAAUUUUGAAUAAUGCCCUUGAAGAUUCUUAAAUUCGAUUGAGCUCAAUCUUGGUAGGAACUGAUACAGAAUUUAGUCAAGCAAGAAGUAUCUUGGGAUGGACUAUUUAAGAGGGCUCCUAAAUCAUAAAUUGAAAGAUAUUAUCCAUGUUGUGGAACUCAAUGAGAUAUUUAGCUGUUUAAUCAAAUGAUAUUUCAUUGCUUCACUAAUAAUGUUCUCUUAGCUCUAAGUGUAGAUCAACCAAUGAUGGAAUCUGAUUGAACAGUAUUUUUGCUGUUGUAAUUGCUUCUUUGACUUGAAGUUUUGAUUUUGUAUUUA